AAGCAUAGAGAGGUGCCAAAACGAGAGAGGCGCUUGGCAAUGGCUCCGGCAGCCGUCCGCAGUAGUGCCGCUGCAGGUGCUGCGGAUAUAAGGAGAGGUGCAUGGAGCAAGGAGGAAGAUUGCUUGCUCAAGAAGUGCGUGGAGAAGUAUGGGGAGGGAAAGUGGCACCUUGUUCCACAAAGAGCAGGGCUGAAAAGGUGUCGAAAAAGUUGCAGGCUGCGGUGGCUCAACUAUCUUAGUCCAAACAUCAAGCGUGGUAUGUUUGCCAUUGAUGAGGAGGAACUUAUCGUCAGGAUGCAUCGUCUACUGGGCAACAGAUGGUCGCUGAUUGCGGGAAGGAUGCCCGGGAGGACAGCCAACGACGUCAAGAACUACUGGAAUUCUUACUUGGCCAAAAGGGUUUCAGGCAAACCAGCUGCACCGGAGCUCCCACCAGCCCCUCCACCUCGCACGGUCGUCUACAGGCCGCAACCUCAGAGAGUCUCCAUGAGAAUGCAUGAGUUGCUGCGCGAGACGUAUCCACCAUGGGUCCAGCGAAGCCUCAUUCCUCCCAGCUCUUCGCAGCCGCUGGACGGCGCAAAGAUGGCAGACCAGUCACCAGUUGCUGCAGAGCCGUCAAGCUCCAGUCUGCCAUCGCUGCCUGGAGAAGACGAGCUUGCACUAGGAGGAGGAGGAGAUUGGUUCCUCGAUCCUGAACUCGACGACUUUUUCUGUGAUUCAUUUCUUUGGGAUUUGACGAAGGAUGAUACGGGUUCAUCACCAUUACAGUAAGAACUGCUAUCAAGUUGGUUUAGACAGACUCUCUGCCUCUGUCUGUCUGAGAAUCUGAUGUUUCUCAAUUUGUAAAUUGCUUUAUUUAUAAUUCAAGCGCCAAGCGUUGGCAGAUUCGAAGCA